UGAAUGUUGAUCAUUGUCAAUUGUCAAGACGUAGGUAAUGCAGUAUUGUUACGAUAACAAUUUAAUAAAAAGACAAAUAUUUUAGGGUUCAAACCAACCAUUUAAACGUUCUCAUGUGCAGUUGGAAUAUUUGAAAUAUAGCCGACGAACUUUCGGCAUCAUUCCAAGAUGCUUGUCAGAAGAUUUGUACGAACUCUCUGGAAUAAUAACUUACGAUUGGAAAGAAGAUAUUUAGCAUCUGAUCCAACUAAGCCGCAACUGGAUGAAACAGAAGGUGUAGAACCAGUCCAGCUACAUGCCUUGGACAAGGAUAUCUGCCUGCUUGUGGAUGAAAAGGAUAAUUUCAUAGGAACUGCAACAAAACGGGAAUGCCAUAAAGUUGGACCUGAUGGCCAAAUUCCCCUUCACAGAGCUUUUAGUGUGUUCUUCUUUAACAAGAGAGGAGAUAUGCUCCUUCAGAGACGAUCCAGUCAAAAAGUAACAUAUCCGGAUUACUACACAAAUGCCUGUUGUAGCCACCCUCUGUACAUAGAUGGUAAAGCAGAAGAUAUAAUUACGGCUGCACAAAGAAGGCUGAACCUGGAACUUGGAGUGCCAUUGGACAAGAUGGAACCAGAAAUGUUCACUUUUCUGACCCGAGUGCACUACCACGACCCCGGCGACGGUAUUUGGGGAGAGCACGAAAUCGACCACAUUUUGUUCUUCCAAAGUGAUGCUAAAGUGAAACCGAACUCCGAUGAGAUAUCUGAGUACUGCUUUGUGCCAAAGAACGAGUUUAAUGCGUUCAUUCCAACGCUCGAAGGACCAAUGACGCCAUGGUUCAACAUGAUACGUCGCCAUCGUCUGAAGCUCUGGUGGGACAACUUGCACCGCAUCAAGGAACUUGCCGAGCCCGACAAGAUUCACAAGUUUAUUAACGAAAAAUAGUUUUAAGACUAAAUUAUAUCUAUAACUUAUGUUAUUUAAUGGGCCAUAACCCUCUUCUUUAUCCACAGUAUAAUUAUUUUUAGUUGCACUACCAUUUUCUUUAUUUUACAAGGGGUAAAAUAUAUUUUUUUUAAUUGAUAAUACUAUGAGCAUUUAGAUCCCCCAAAAAUUAUUUGAAAUUUAAUCAUAAAAUAUAAUAUAAUAGUGUAAAUAAAGUAGGUGUGGUGCUUUAAAUAAAUUAUUAUUGAAAUAAAUAAA